AUGGGGCCCGGCGCCUGUGCAGCAUCAUCCCGGCUCAUCUCCUCCCCCAGGAGAAAGGACACCAAGUUCUGUGCCUCCCUGCGCAGGCUGCUGGGCAGCCGCAAAUUCACGACGCUCAUGACCUGCGUCAUCUCCAUCAAUGCCGUCUCCCUGGCCGAGGAGACCAACUACCGCUGCCGGUUGUGCUGGGGUGAGGUCACAGAUGCCUUCUUCAUCGCUGUUUAAACCACCGAGCUUUUGCUGAAGCUGUACGUGGAUCCCGUUGCCUACUGGAAGAGCCGCUACAACAUCUUGGACACCUCCAUCCUCCUCGUUGCCUUCCUCCCGCACAUCUUGUCCAUGGACACUGCCAUGUGCACCCACCUGGAGGGGACCACCAAAGGUCUCCAGACCCUCCGCGUACUCAAGCUCAUCAAGUACAGCGGUGGGAUGAGGGUUUUCACAGAGACUCUUGGCCAGACAGUGCAGGCAGUGAUGUAUGCCCUCAUCCUGCUGUUCCUGCUGAUGUUUGUGUUUGCCAUUUUGGGGCAUGGAUGGUAUGGAGAUCCCAAAACUGGAGAUGCUGAAAACUGGGGCAGCUUGAAGGCUGCCCUCUUCACGCUCUUCAGUUUAGUUACAGUUGAUGGUUGGACCGACUUACAGCGCGAGAUGGAUCGUUACAGGUUUACGAGCAGCCACGUGUUCAUGGCCGUGUUUGUCUUGCUGGGCAACUUCAUCUUCUUCAAUAUGUUGAUUGCACUUGUGAUUACCAAAACCCAGGACUUGACUCAGAAGUACAAACAGGACUGCAAAGCAGCGAAGGCGGCUGCUGUUUGGGCCAAGAAACGGAAGAUCCUGACAAAGCAGAGGAAGAACGUGGGCAUCCAAGUCACGCUGGAGCAGGACCUGCCUGCCUGGGUGGGUGCUGGGGAGCACAAUAACACUCAAGGUGAAGAUUUCAGUGAGCUGCUGGAUGACAUCAAAAAGACUUUGCGCCACUCCCAUGUCAUCAUUAUGGAGGGGUUUUGCUUCAUCAUCCCAUUUAUUGAUCUGUAUUUGCCAUUCCUGGACCUCCAGGGUGACACACUGAACAGCUCCUGCCGCCUGCGCGACUUGCAAGGACUCGGCAAAGGCUCCCGGGGCAUCCCGGUCCUCGUCUCCUGGGAGCAUAACUCCAUGCACUUCCAGACUCGCCUUGUCAGUCUCUGCCACCUGAUGGUUCACUGA